CCUCGUGAGGUGAACGGAAGUGGAUGGAAACAGGCUGAGGCCAGACCAUAGACAUCAGACUGUCUCAGGCAGCGAAAACCGUCUGUCGCAGGGGAGCCAAACACUCAUGAUUUAUUCGGCCCUGGUAUUUAUAGUUUAAUUUAAAAGUCCGGAUGGUGUAGAAGUAGAAGGAACAUCAACAUGGUACACCUCUGGGAGCAUUUCUUGACGACGCCGAAACUACGGGGGUCACUUUUCCUCUGUCUUUUCUUUCUUGUUGUCUCUCCUGGUGACGCCAGGACCCGUCGGGCUCGGAGCGUCAGCCCCUCAGCUGAGGACAUGGUAGAAACUUACACUGCCUAUUAUAAUUAUGUUGACCUCACUGGACGCUUACAGUCUUUAGCCAAUAGCUACCCUGGCAUAGCUGCCCUGUCGAGUAUAGGUCAGUCCUUGGAGGGCAGGGAGCUCUGGGUGAUGCGGAUCACUCAGGACCCCAACACGGACGCACCGUGGAAACCUAAAUUUAAAUACGUGGGAAACAUGCACGGGGACGAAACCGUGUCCAGACAGGUGCUGGUGUACCUUGUGGAGUACCUGCUGACUACGUACGGGGAGGACCCGCGUAUAACCGAGCUUGUGAACAACACAGACAUUUACAUCAUGCCCAGCAUGAACCCUGAUGGCUUUGAGAAGUCCAAAGAGGGGGACUGCAACGGAGACAACGGCGGACGGAGUAAUGCCAAAGGCGUUGACCUCAACAGGAGUUUUCCUGACCAGUAUGAUAAUAAGAAAACCGACCCAGAAAGCAUCCCCGAGGUUAUGGCUGUGAUCAGAUGGAUUCAGGAGAAAAAAUUCGUGUUGUCAGGGAACCUUCACGGCGGCACUGUAGUUGCCAGUUACCCUUUUGAUGACUCACCCUUCCACCAGCGAGAGGGCUUCUACAGCAAGUCUGCAGAUGACGGUCUGUUUCGCCACUUGGCCUCAGUGUAUGCACAGCACCAUCCUGUUAUGAAAACGGGCCACCCGAACUGUCCCCAAGAAAGCAAUGAGAGUUUUCAGGAUGGCAUCGUAAACGGGGCAUGGUGGUAUGAUGUUAACGGUGGGAUGCAGGACUAUAACUACAUUCAUGGAAACUGUUUGGAAAUCACUAUGGAGCUGAGCUGCUGCAAAUAUCCGCCUGCUGCUGAACUCCAAGGGGAAUGGGAUAUGAACAGGGAAUCACUGCUAGCCUACAUUGAGCAGAUCCAUAUAGGCGUUCGAGGCUAUGUGAAAGAGGCCGUCAAUGGAAGCGCUCUUGCAAAUGCCGGCAUUGUGGUGGAAGGCAUCCUCCACAACCUGACAACAGGAGAGUAUGGGGAGUUCUACCGCCUUCUGUUACCAGGAACGUACAACAUCACAGCUGUGGCCCCAGGAUACACCGCAAUGACAGUCAGUGGCGUCCAGGUCUUGGAGGGUAAAGCUGUAGAACUUAACUUCACCUUGGCACCGGCAGUCAGUGAGGCUGCAGGCAGCACCACUAUGAGUACUACAUCCGCCCUGCCAUCUACAAAGGAUCCAAACACUUCCACCAUCACGACAACCAUCAACACCUCUACUUCCACCCAGAUCCUCACAAAUCCAACCGAGAUUGACAACAACAGCCCUCCUGUGCUUCCAAACGAAGAGCAGAUCAUCCAGCCGCAGGAAUUUCGUCACCACAACUACGCAGACAUGGAGCUGUUCUUACGGAAGUACAGCAUCGAGUUCCCCUCCAUCGUCCAUCUUUACUCAGUUGGGCGCUCGGUGGAAGACCGUGAGCUUUAUGUGAUGGUCAUCUCAGACAACCCAAAAAUACACGAGCAUGGUGAGCCAGAGUUCAAGUACGUGGCUAACAUGCACGGUAAUGAAGUGGUGGGGCGAGAGUUAAUGCUCAACCUCAUUGAGUACCUUUGCCGUAACUAUGGGACAGACCCGGAGGUCACAAAGCUUGUCAACAACACCCGCAUUCACAUCAUGCCUUCUAUGAACCCUGAUGGUUACGAGGUAGCCAAUGAGGGUGACGAAAACGGCUACAGAGGGCGAAACAACAGCAACAACUUUGAUCUGAACCGCAACUUCCCCGACCAGUUUGUCACCAUCACUGAGCCGAGGCAGCCAGAGACUGUAGCUGUGAUAAACUGGAUGAAGAGCCUCCCUUUUGUCCUGUCAGCCAACCUCCACGGAGGUUCCUUGGUGGUCAACUACCCCUAUGACGACGACAAAAGAGGGACAACUCAAUACAGUCAGUGCCCGGAUGACAAAGUCUUUCAGCUGGUGUCCAGGGCUUACUCUCAGGAGAAUCCCUUGAUGCACAAUGGACACCCUUGUGAGGACAUGUACCCUGGGGAGUAUUUUCAGGAUGGCAUCACCAACGGUGCCAAUUGGUACAAUGUCCCUGGUGGCAUGCAGGACUGGAACUACCUUAACACAAACUGCUUUGAGGUGACCAUCGAGCUGGGCUGUGCGAAAUACCCGAUGGCCAAAGAACUGCCCAAAUACUGGGAACUAAACCGACGAGCCUUGCUUCAGUUCAUACACCAGGUCCACACUGGGAUAAAAGGCACAGUCUCUGACAUCCGGGAUGGUACAGGAAUCCCAAAUGCCACCAUCAGUGUGGAAGAGAUAGAACAUAAUAUCAGCACGGCUCGGACUGGAGACUACUGGAGACUGCUGGCACCUGGAACUUACUCCAUCACUGCCACUGCCCACGGUUACAAAUCCAUGAGGACCUACGCCACUGUGCCAAGGGAUGGAGUAGAGGUUGUGGACUUAAGACUGACAAGUAUACACUCUGACCACUCCUCUGAGGGACCCCAGCCCACACAGAACCCGUCUGAGAAGGAGUUUGAGAGCUUAAUCAAGGACCUGUCUCUAGGUCAGGGUUUGGAGCAGCUGACCAGGAGCACAGACACUGAGAGCAGCUUCCGCUACAGGCGCUACAAAGAGUUGUCAGGCUUUGUGAGAGGCCUCACCCUCAACUUUCCCAAAAUUACAUCUUUGCACAGUUUGGGCCAAAGCAUAGAGUUUAGAACUAUUUGGGCUUUGGAAAUCUCCAACAGACCAGGGGAAGCUGAACCAUCUAAACCCAAGCUGCGCUUUUCAGCAGGGAUCCAUGGUAAUGCCCCAGUGGGCACAGAGCUGCUGUUGGAGUUCGCUGCCUUCCUGUGUAUCAACUAUGGCAAGAACCCAGCCAUCAGCAGGCUCAUCAAUGAGACCCGGAUUGUCAUUGUGCCGUCUAUCAACCCAGACGGACGAGAACAGGCAAUCGAAAAGCAGUGCACCUCCACUCAGGGCUUGAACAAUGCUCAUGGAAAGGACCUGGACACAGAUUUCUUCGGUAAUGCGUCACAGCGAGUCGUGGAGGCGCAACCGGAGACCAGAGCCAUGAUGGACCUGAUUCUAGAUAAAAGCUACACUCUCUCUGUAGCCCUCGAUGGAGGCUCCCUAGUUGCUACCUAUCCUUAUGACAAGCCUGUGCAGUCUGUUGAAAAUGAAGGAACAUUGAAGUACUUGGCAAGUGUUUAUGCCAACAACCACCCAAAGAUGCACCUGGGGGACACUGGGUGUUCAAAUAAUGGUCAGAUAGGCAACAUCCCAGAUGGAGUUAUGAGGGCAGCAGAGAGACAAAGUCACAUGGGGAGCAUGAAGGACUUCAGUAUGGACUUUGGCCACUGUCCAGAAAUCACUGUGUAUUCAGGCUGCUGUUUGUACCCUCCUGCUGACCAGCUGGCCACACUCUGGGCGGAGAACAAGAAGGCUCUCCUCAGCAUGUUAGUAGAGGUCCAUAAAGGGGUGCGUGGUGUGGUGAGGGACAGGAGCGGAAAGCCUAUUGUUGGAGCGAUCAUUGUGCUGAAUGGGGGAGUCAGAGUCUUUACUACAGAGGGCGGGUAUUUUCACGCCUUGCUCGCUCCUGGAAACCACAACAUUGAAGCUGUUGCAGAUGGCUACCAACAACAAAGACAAGAGGUUGUGGUAUCGUCCUAUGAAGCUGCUAGCUCCAUCAUCAUUGAGUUCGACAUGGACAACAGCAUCUUCGGGCUGCCCAGGGAGUUUGUGGUGGCCAGUGCAGCCGCCUCCAUGACAGCUCUGGUGGUGACGGCAUGCAUCAUCUGGUGUGUGUGCGCAGCCAAGUCCAACCGUCAGAAAGAUGGCUUCCACCGUUUGCGUCAGCACAGAGACGAUUACGAAGACGAGAUACGGCUCACCUCCAUGGGCUCCAAGAAGUCGCUGCUGGCUCACGAAUUUCAGGACGAGAGUGAGAGUGAUGAGGAGACACUUUACGCCAACAAAAUCUGAGGAACAUUGCAUUUUUUUUGGCGAAUGGCAUUAUUUUUAUUUUAUUUUGAUCCCCUCCCCCCUUUAAUUUAACUCCUGUU